AUGGAAAACAAGCUUGAAGCAAAAGACAAAAGCAUACAGAAAAGAAUACCACGUUCGGUACCAAAAGGAAAGGAAAAGAACUAUAAGUAUAUGAUUUAUACUGAAGAGAUGGAAAAUGAAGAAGAUAAAGAUAUGGUUAUGUUGCAUUUAGUCAGAAGAAACAACAAAAGCUUUUACGAUCUUGCUAAGAUUUACAAAUCUGACAGAAAUUGGUUCUAUCGCGAAAACUUACCGAUUUCAAUGACACCGAAUGAAGAUGUGAAACAAAUAGUUCAAGAUACGUUACCUCAAACACACUAUGAUAUGAAAGGUUGUACAAUUCUUACCUUCAAAGAAGACUUGCCAUUGUUAAAGGAAAAAAUAACAGAGUAUUUUGACAACUUCAAACAAGUAGAGUAA